AUCUUCUCUGUAUCUUCUCCUUCCUAAGAACUAUUCAGUAACUAUAUUCACUGGGGAAGCGAAAUUUUGAACCGCCACAUCAAAACUCACCAGAGGUACAAAGAAACCAUUUGCUUUUCUUUCAAGAAAAAUGGGUUAUAAAAGAAAUAAGAACAAGGCGGUGGGAGGAAACAAGAAUCCCGAGAAGACCAUUACCGAAGUAGCUUCAGGUUCAUCUAGAGCAUCGCAAGAUUCAUCUCACAGUUGCAACAAUUCUCGUGCUCGUGACAAAAAGAAGAAGGGGAGCGCAAACCAGAAACCCACUGUAGCUGCAGGCUCGAUGCCGGGAUCGCAAGAUUCAGGCCACAAUCGCAAUGAUGCAGCAGCAGAAGCUCCUACUGAUGAUGCACAUGAUAUCAAAGAAACGAAGAAGCCUCAUCCUGCUGGCGUUCAACUUGGUCAAUCUUCUGUUCAGGAAUCCCCUGUUUUCAAGAAAACAGGAACAAAGGAUUCCCAUCCUGCUGGUCAUGAGCCUCUCCAAUCUGCUUUUUCAAAACCCCCUGAACGGGAGAAAACAGGUGUCUCCAGUAAUUCUGAUUGUCUGGCCGAUGAUAAUGUUCAUAAAGAAACCAAGUCCAUUUCUGCUGAUUGUGUAAUCUGUCAUGAAGUUAGGCUCAUUAAAAACAUGCAGAGAUCCUUUAUGUGCAGACAUUAUUUCUGCAAGGAGUGUAUCAAGAGUUAUGUUAAUGCUGUGGUUAAGGAUGAAACAAAGCAAGUGAUUCCAGCUGAUGUUCGUUGCCCUGAGACAAAGUAUUGUACGGAAAGCUUGCCUGUAAAGAUAGUCCUUGAUAAUCUUGAUAGAGACGUCAAAUAUGUCUGGCUAGCGGUUCAUACUUUCUGGAGUGAAGAAGAUAGAGUUGCUGCUGGUGAAUCUUCUGUUCUGAAAUUCCAUGAUUCAAAGCAAAAAGGUAUAACUCUUUUUGUUCAUCAACUGCAGUACCCUGCUGUCGAAUUUCGGUUUAUGGCGUUAUCAAUCUGUUAUUAAUCUUAGGACAAGCAAUGGUUUAGUUUCAAUGUUUGCAGGAAUCUCCAUUUCUGAUGAUAAUCUUCAGAAGAAAGGACAGAAGACCCUGACAGAAGAAGGGGCAAUGCCAAUUGUGACUAAAUGCUUAAUCUGUUAUUCAGAGAAACCAACUGAAACAUUGCUACGACCUUUUCGGUGCGAACAUUAUUUCUGCAUGCGAUGUCUCAGUGGUUAUAGUGAGCUUAUGGUUACUGGUAUGGGGAAAAGAUAUGAUCCGAAGGCUGUGGGUUGCCCAGUGGAAGGGUGUCCGAAAAACUUGUUUUCCCGAAGAUAUUGAAGAGAACUGUUUUCAUUUUCAUAGUUUCCACGGUGAAGAUGCUAAAUUGGUGAGAAAUGUAUGAAGCCCUCUUAAAAGUGGCGAUCCUAGCUAGCUAAAUAUCUUCUGAUGAGUUGGUUUCGGGGUUGAUUUCCUUUGCAAAGUUCCAGUACCGCUGCAGUUUCAGAAACUUCAAUUCAGGUGUGGAGUUCGUGCAUUCUGAGCCCACAGUAUCACUACUGGUUUGCUGCAGUUUAUUCAUUAAGAGUUUGUGGGAUUUGUUAGUGCAAUUUAUUCAUAGGUGUCAAUGUGCAAUCAGAUUCUUUUAUUUGGUUUCUCAGCAUUCUGGAUAUAUGAUGCUGCAUCGUAAAGAUUUGUGGGGAUACUUUUUUGCUGCUGCUAUGUACUUUGA